ACUGAGGAGGUCCAGUCAGUCUCGCCCCUCCGCUCUCAGCAGCAGCAGCAGCAGCAUCAUCGUCGUCGUCGUCGUCGUCGUCCCCGCCGGGUCCGGUUGGCAGAGAGGAUGGUCCAGCGGAAAAGCAGCCGAGGGUGCCAAUGACAGUGAUAAGAUAAUGGCCCUCGGUUUUCGCAGGUUUCCGAAUGCCCGACCAGUGACCGAGUGAAACGACCGUGGCAGGAAGACACUGAACCAUGUUGCUCUGAGUUGUCACCUGUGGUGAUCGGGGGAGGAGGAAGAGGAGGAGGAGGGAGGAGGUGUAGGCAGGCAGGCAGGCAGGCAGACGGGCAUCUGUCACAGCUCCUUUAAGGCGGCCUUUUGCAAGCUUGAAGCCAUGGGCAACACAGCCACCAAGUUCCGAAAGGCCCUGGUGGGCGGCGAUGAGGCCCUGGCCUGGCAAUUGUAUGAGGGCAACCCUCAGUUCAGGGAUGGCCUGGACCCGAAUGCAUCGUACGGAGAGCAGUACCAGCACAACACGGCCCUGCACUACGUCUGCCGGCAUGCCAUGACACGUCUGCUCAGGUCUUUCCUGUUCAGCAAAGAGGGGAACCCCAACAAGCGUAAUGUGCACAAUGAGACGUGCCUCCAUGUGCUGUGCCAAGGCCCGCAGAUCCUACUGCUGCCAGAGGGAGCGCUGUCACCACGACUGGCCCGACCACAGAGAGACGAGCAGCGCCGUGCGGACUGCCUGCAGAUGAUCCUAAGCUGGACUGGGGCCAGGCUGGAUGGAGGCCAGUAUGAGAAGGCCAAUGUCAACACCACUGACAACCACCACAGCACCUGUCUGCACUACGCUGCUGCUGCAGGCAUGAAGAGCUGUGUUGAGCUGCUAAUCCAGAGCGAGGCGGACCUCUUUGUGGAGGAUGAAGACAAGCUGACGCCAUGCGACCAUGCCGAGCGGCAUCACCACACCGAGCUGGCCCUCAGCCUGGAGUCACAGAUGGUUUUUUCCUCCUCUUCACCUCAGCAGUCAAACACAGAUGCACAUGGUGAAACCAACCUGCUGCAAUACAAAGAGCCUUAUGAGGGACUGAAGCUUCAGGACCUGCGCAGGCUGAAGGACAUGCUGAUUGUGGAGACGGCAGACAUGCUGCAAGCCCCCCUCUUCACAGCCGAGGCCCUGCUCCGAGCACAUGACUGGGACAGAGAAAAGCUUCUGGAGGCCUGGAUGUCAGACGCUGAAGGCUGCUGUCAGCGUUCGGGCGUGGCCAUGCCCACCCCACCACCCAGCGGCUACAAUGCCUGGGACACCCUACCCUCACCCCGCACCCCUCGGACCCCACGCUCACCCCUUACACUCACUCUUACCUCUCCCACUGACAGCUGCCUCACACCUGGAGAGGAGGGCCUGGCUACGUGUGGAAUCUGUCUCUGCUCUAUCUCAGUCUUUGAGGACCCAGUGGACAUGUCCUGUGGCCAUGAGUUCUGCAGAGCCUGCUGGGAAGGGUUCCUCAACGUAAAGAUUCAGGAGGGUGAAGCACACAAUAUCUUCUGCCCGGCGUAUGAGUGUUAUCAGUUGGUGCCAGUGCAUGUGAUAGAGAGCGUGGUUUCCAGAGAGAUGGACCAGCGAUACCUACAGUUUGACAUCAAGGCAUUUGUGGAGAACAAUCCUGCCAUCCGCUGGUGUCCUGCAGCGCGUUGCGAGCGAGCGGUGAGGCUCACCCGACCAGGCCCCGGGGACAGUGACCCACACAGCUUCCCCCUGCUACCCUCACCAGCUGUCGAUUGUGGCAAGGGUCACCUCUUUUGCUGGGAGUGCCUUGGUGAGGCCCAUGAGCCGUGUGACUGUCAGAUGUGGCGGAACUGGCUCCAGAAAGUCACAGAGAUGAAGCCUGAGGAGUUGGCAGGUGUGAGCGAGGCCUAUGAGGAUGCUGCUAACUGCCUGUGGCUGCUGACCAACUCCAAACCAUGUGCCAACUGCAAGUCACCCAUUCAGAAGAAUGAGGGCUGCAACCAUAUGCAGUGUGCCAAGUGUAAGUAUGAUUUUUGUUGGAUCUGCCUGGAGGAGUGGAAGAAGCACAGCUCAUCAACAGGAGGCUACUAUCGCUGUACUCGCUAUGAGGUCAUCCAACAGCUAGAGGAGCAGUCCAAGGAGAUGACUGUAGAGGCAGAAAAGAAGCACAAAAGUUUUCAGGAGCUGGACCGUUUCAUGCACUAUUACACUCGCUUCAAGAACCAUGAACACAGUUAUAAGCUGGAGCAGAAGCUGCUGAAAACAGCUAAAGAGAAGAUGGAGCAGCUGAGCAGAGCCUUCAUUAGCCGUGAAGGCACUCCUCCAGACACACGGUUCAUUGAGGAUGGUGUGUGUGAGCUGCUGAAGACGCGGCGCGUGCUGAAGUGCUCUUACCCAUACGGCUUCUUCCUGCAGCAAGGCAGCACCCAGAAGGAGAUAUUUGAGCUCAUGCAGACGGAUCUGGAGAUGGUAGUGGAGGAUCUGGCACAGAAGGUGAACCGGCCGUACUUGAGGACGCCGUGCCACAAGAUCAUCAGCUCAGCCCGGCUGGUCCAACAGAAGAGGCAGGAGUUCCUGGCAUCAGUGGCCCGUGGCGUGGCUCCCAAUGACUCCCCCGAGCUUCCCCGUAGGAACUACCCUGGAGGAUCAUGGGACUGGGAGUACCUUGGCUUUGCCUCUCCUGAGAUGGGGAGUCGUCACUCUGUACUGGGGACAGGAGAUCAAAGAGAGAGACAGUCACAGGAUUAUGCUGACAUCCAGUACCGUCGUAGACACAGGCCACGGCGCAGAGGAGACAUGCUGAGUCUGCACAACCUUAGAAGCAGCAGCAACACACCAGAGACCAGCAGGAGGAGUGACAACACAGAAGGUCCAGAGAGGAGCGAGGGCCGCAGGAGAGUGCUGGGCUCGCUGGAUGAAGAUGACCCCAACAUCCUUCUGGCCAUCCAGCUGUCGCUCCAGGAUUCCCGCAGAGAGCGAGGCCUGGAGGGAGGCCUGGAGAGAGGGAUGGAGGGGAGAGCGGAGCUGGAGCGUGGAAUGGACAGAGGACAGGAGAGGAGGUCGGGUCCCGCAGGAGACCUGGCUGAUGUUUCUUUGCACUCCCUCAACACAGACGGUCCAGCAGGAGCCAGAGGCUCCUCCUUCCCCGCAUCUCUCCUGGAUCCUCCUCGUCCCCCUCACAGGACAGACUCCACCUCCCAACCCCCCACAGCUAACCCCCUCCCCCUCCCUCCCCCACCUCCCUCUCUCAGUGCAGAGCUGCUGGAGCUGGGAGACAGCCUUAUGAAAUUGGGGAACAUAACCACUCCUUAUGACCUGGACACACACACCCAGGAGCAGCUCUGCUCACACCACACAUACAACCACAGUGCUCUCACUGCUCCCUACACCAUUGAACCUGCUUACAGCGAUUGCAGCCAUAGACAAGACCAGAAUGCACUGACAGCUCCAUUUGUACUCGACCAUAUCACCAUCACAGGUCCUCGGUAUGACGGCAAAGAGCAGAGUUACUGCCACUCCAGUACUUAUUUGGCUGAGGCUGAGCACACUGCCUCCUGUGCAGUAGAGCGCACCCAAAACCCCGCCCAAAACCACGCCCUUCCUGGUACAUAUAACCGGGAGCACGCAGGCACGUAUGACAGCACCCCAAAACCGGAGAGCUCUUACAACCCCUGCCCAGAACACAGUAGCUCUUACACACAGGAGCGUCCUGCUGCCUACGCUCUGGAACGCCCACCCAAAACAGACCCUCAGCCCCCUGCCCAGUUGUGCCUCCCGUCUCCAGAGCUUGAGCCAGAGCUGCUGCUUUCACCAGUUAUCCCCCCAGGGGGCCCUUUCACCCCCAGCGAUCCUCAGAGUGUGGAGGCCCUGGACCCCACAGCCAGUGCCCAGCUGCUGGACAACAUCAUGGCCUGGUUUAACAACAAUAUCAACCCGCAGAACAACCCCCAGAGCCUGGCCCUCAUCCCCUCCCCGCCCACCACAGAAACCGACUCCUCCCCUGACACACACACUGAGACUGAGUCAGAGAGCCAGACCUCCAGGGGCGUGACCCCCGCCCCGCUCUGGCAGCCCCUGGAGGGCCAGCCAGAAGCGGACAGAGGGACGGCGAGUCCCCGUUUAGGUGCUGCCGGCGUGGAGGGCCCGAAGACAUCGAGGCCCAGCACUUUGGAGCUGGAAAACAGAGAGGCUGGCGAGGAGGGUGUGGACGCAGGGUGUGUGGCAGACCUGUCGCUGGCCGAAGCGCACACACACCCGUGCUCACACUCCCAACGUGUAAACAGCCCCACACACACUGCCCCGGCCACAGAGAGAGACUUAGACCUCGUUCUUCAGCUAGAGGUGGACCAAUCACCUGAAGAGUGGGAGGAGCAAGUACACCUGGUGUGAUGGAGUAGAGAGAGAAAGUCGAGCCAAGUGCAGGAAGAGAGAGAUGAGAAGAGUGAUGAAAGUGAAAGAGGAAAGAAAAUCAAAGACAAGAAAACUAGAGCGAAGCACUGGAGGAAAAAUAUAAGAUACAACGGUGAUGCCUCAAUGAAAGAUGUAGGUCUUUUGGGGUUGAGUGUUUACUGUAUGUAUUAUACUGUAUCUAGAAAGGACAUAAAACCCUGCAGACUUUGUCCAGUAAAGAUGAUGUCAUAUGCAGUUUGAUUUUUUUUUUUUUUUUUUUUUAAGUGCUUUGGUCUGCUGUAAAAACAGACAAACUAUUCUUUGAAAACAAAUGAGUGUUUAAAACGGAGUACAUCAAUGGAAAGCUACUGAUAUCAUCAUGACAUAAAAUGCUGCACGUUUUUGUUUUCUUAUUUUAUUUAUUCCCUGCCUCCUGUAUUUGUCUUCUCAGUUUGUUCAGGGUGAAGCUUUGGUGCUGCUGAAAAUCCAAACUUGCCUCGUACACCCACACUUUAACACACUGACCCAACCGCGAGCCUGUUCAGAGCUCCGAGAGCCAAAUAUGAUGAUAACUGUAACCUUGGGGCUUGUUAGCGUACUGUACAAUCAGAGGGCCUGAUUCAGAUUUUUUUUGGACCUUCAUGCACACUGUGCCUGCUUUGUUAAGAAAGCCAACACACUACUGAUCUUUCCUCUAGGUAGGCUGCAAAGAACCAGGAUACACCUGUCUGCUUGGUAAACGUAUCUGACGGUAACAGUACUUUUGUAACAUUCAGACGAUCGCAGAAGAUAAAUUGUCUUGUCCCUCUGCACAGCGAGGUCAGAUAUCAGUCUCAGCUACAGAGCAGCAGUAGGAAUUCAGUGUCUUGCUCAAAGGCACUUCAGCAUCAGGGGUGCUUGUUUUCAGAGGGGAUUGAACUCUAUUCUUCCUGCUCACUGCACCAUCCUGCUACUCAUUCCAUGUACUUCUCUGUCUUUAUCAGAGAUUUUUAACCAUUAGUCUCAUAAAUAUUGCAAUAUUUUACAGUUGCUUUGGCUCAGUGUUCGCAAGUUUUUCAAUUGGCAAUACACUUACAACAAAAUGCCUACGAACACACAAUGAAAACAUAUUUAUCAAACUAGGUAAUUUAAGUUAACACAGCAUCACAAUUUUGUAUAUGUUCACCACUGAAUUUUAAACCUUGUUGCAUUUCUAAAAUAAAAUUGUCAUUAUCAAAUAAUGCUGUCAAACAGUAACUAAUUCUGCACCAUUGUCAUUUCCUCAACAUUGUGUGAAUUCUAUUGACAAAAAUGUGUCAGAACUCAGUAUUUGAAAUGACAGAGUAAGAACGGCUUUUGAAAACUUUAAUUUUGUCUAUAAAACAUUUUUGUUUCCAAUUAAUAUAGAUGAAGUCCAAGGUCUGACUUUAUACAGCAGUAAAUUCUUUAUUUAAACAAGUCAAAAUAAUGACUUGGGACUGUACUUCUCUGCAUUUGUUUACUCACCAAAACGCAGAUAUUUUAAUUCCUUGUAUGUUUAAUCCUCUAAAAUACAGUAAACUGCCGUAACCCUGGAAUGCAUAACAUUCAACCACAGUGUGUUCAGGGUGAGAUUGUAUUGAGUCAGUGUGUCUCUUUUCAUUAAUCAUGGAAUCUGAGCCAAAGCAGGUGUCAAAUACUGUAAAUGAAAAUACUUCUUCUACUUUUAUAACUGCAGACUUUGCUGUUUUUAUCAUAUCUAUUCCACUACUGAUGGCCGGUACAGUGUGCUGUUGGUAGAUGGGAGAUGGGCUGGGUUUUUACUGUAAUUUAUCCUUUUUUAUUCCUUUAUUCCUUAUCAUGGAGAUGAAAUCUCUUCCAGUUGAGACCAGAGUUGUUGGGUCUGUGUGCCUUUUGUUUCGAUCGUAUUUGUUUAUUUGUUGGUAUUUAUUAGUGUCAUAACUUUUGGAACAUGCUAAACAAGUUGCUAAUGAAAGUUAAUGGAGAACACACCACUCUGGCUGUUGCCAUAAUACACUGAGGUUCUUGAUGCACAUUAGUGUUGUUUGUCCUCUCAGCCCUGGUUUAUCUCACUUGUCCUUAUCCCCAGAGAACACAUACCCAUGUUCUGGCCAUUUAGCUUAUAUGAGAACCGCUUUGAGGCUGUCUCAAGGAAUUAAUUUUUCAAUUAUUCACACUUAUUAGUUUCCACUAUAAUUAACAACCACUUUAUCUGAAUGUUGCUAAAGUCAAGUCGGCCUUUGAUUUCAGAAGGAUCUUGAAAUCUGAUGUAGCACUCUGACUCCUUAUGUCUACAAGGAAAUUAAACACUGCCUGUUGUGUUGAGAUAUGAUUUGGUGCUUUGGGAACUGGAAUGGUAAUAAUGGAGUGUUUUAAUCACACUUUGACGGCAUGCCAAACAAAUGUAAGGAAAUCCUGUCUUAAGACCAGAUUCUGAUUCUGUUAAAUUCUUCCCACUGGUUAACGAAAGCAUCCAGUUACAGAGAACGUGAUGUGCAAACAAAAAGGCAUCAAUUAGAAUUGAGGGUGUGAGUUUGAAGCUUUUUUUUUUAAAGGGAAGUGGCAAAAGUACUCCACAGAAAUGAACUUGACCUUAGAGGAAGUGACAAAAGCCUAAAACAACACCUUUUCCUUUCCGAACUGAACAUUAAACUGUGAAGGUGCUGGACAGGUUGUAGGUGCUGAGGAAGACAUUUCAUAAAAGCCUGCUGAGAUGUGAGCGCAGCUGGUGUCGCCCCUAACGUUUCAGACUUUGUUGACUGAGGAAUGGCUUGAUCAACGGGACUGCGCACACGUCUCAUGGGGUGAAUGGUGCAGCAGUGGAAGCGAUGAGUCUGGGGUCCUUUAAUUUGCAAAAGCAUGCUGUUAAUGAGUUGCACUAAUCCAGUGCUGUAAGGCAAGAUAUGGACGACUGAUGAGUGCGGCUAUUAUUAUUAUUAUUUUUAUUUUAUUUUAUUUAUUGUUUUUGUUUUCUUAAUUAAGAAAUGGAUUUAUGGCAUCAAAGGAAUGGUCCUGUGCCAUUUUGUACUCCAUAUAUAAUGUUUAUAUUUUAACGAUCCCUCGACCAAGAACUUCAGAAUACAAUAAAAAAAAAAAAAGAAAUUGCACUCUCAUAGAUUAUACUUGAUACAUUCCCAGUCGGACCGUAAGAGAGGUUUGAUGUGUGGCCAAAACUGUAAAUGAAAGUGUCAGUGCAAAGUUUACUCUCAAUAAAAAGAACUGAAAGUGUGUCGCUAUGAGUUUUGUGUGCCCUGAUUUGAAAAUCUGCCAAAAAAAAGAACAGGCGGCUUUCACGUGACACCGUUUCUUCUUUCCCCGAUCCCUGUGAUCACUACAGCAUCACAUACUGUGCAUGUAGGACAAGUUAGAGCUGUGAGUCUGCCACUCAGUCUACUGUCAGUUUCCACCUGUCACUAGUUAUCAACAACAUGCCAAACAGGAUCAAGUAAACUAACUAUUUAUUUUUUAAACACAUAUACAAAGAGCCUGUUCUUGGGCUUUUUCUUUUGUUAGUUAAAAACACAACAAAAAAUCCAGAUUCUUUAUAACCGAUGAGGUGAAAAAGAUUCACUUACAGAUUUAGUACUAGGCGCUCAAGUAAAUCUACAGAUAUUCCCUCUUAUUGACAGGUCUGUGGCUGU